AUGAUGGUGUUCGCGGCGGGUUCUGGGCCGGACAGCAUACCUCCGGUGUAUUUAAGUGGGGCGAAAAUCAAUGUUGUUAAGCGGUUCAAGUAUUUGGGACACUUGUUGACGGAACGGCUGCAUGACGAUGAUGAUGUUGAGCGCGAGCGGAGGGCCCUCGCCGUCAGAGGCAACAUGCUCGCUCGGCGGUUUUCUAAAUACAGCAAGGAUAUAAAAACCACACUCUUCAAGGCAUACUGCUUAGGCAUGUACACCUCCCAGUUGUGGAUAACGUUCACGCAGAAGGCAAUGAGCAGAAUAAGAGUUCAGUACAAUGACGUGUUCCGGGCUCUUAUGCGGCUGCCGCGGUGCUGCAGCGUGUCGGGCAUGUUCGCGGACGCGGGGGUCCCCGAUUUUUUCGCGGUAACGAGAUCCCGCGUUGCCUCGUUCUGGAGAAGACUGCGCCUUUCCGACAACAAAAUACUUGUGGCUGUUUCUGACGAUAUAAGGAGUCCGGUGUUUAAGCGCUGGAUUUCUGUUCACAAUGGACCAGAAUAA